GCGAAAUCUGCAAAAUGAUGUUUGUCACCGCUUUGCUUCUCAACUUGGCAAUACUAUCAAUUAAAGCUUGUACUGGGCCUGAACUUAUAGAAGAUCCUGAUGAUUGUACACGAUACAGAGAAUGUGUUAAUGGUGAAUAUAUAUCACGAUCUUGUGCUCCUGAUACUGGUUUCAAUUCAUCUAUUGGAAAUUGCGACAAUCUCUAUAAUUUACCCAACUGUAAUCCAGACAGUAGUAACGCUUGUACUGGACCUGGACUUGUAGAAGAUCCUGAUAAUAUUACACGAUACAGAGAAUGUGUUAAUGGUGAAUAUGUGUCAAGACCAUGUGCUCCUGGUACUGGUUUCAGUCAAUCUCUUGGGAUUUGCGACCAUCUCUCUAAUUUAUCCAGCUGUAAUCCAGACAGAAAUAACACUUGUACUGGGCCUGGACUUGUAGAAGAUCCUGACAAUUGUACACGAUACAGAGAAUGUGUUAAUGGUGAAUAUGUGUCAAGACCAUGUGCUCCUGGUACUGGUUUCAGUCAAUCUCUUGGGAUUUGCGACCAUCUCUUUAAUUUACCCAACUGUAAUCCAGACAGCAAUAACACUUGUACUGGGCCUGGACUUGUAGAAGAUCCUGAUAAUUGUACACGGUACAGAGAAUGUGUUAAUGGUGAAUAUGUGUCAAGACCAUGUGCUCCUGGUACUGGUUUCAGUCAAUCUCUUGGGAUUUGCGACCAUCUCUUUAAUUUACCCAACUGUAAUCCAGACAGCAAUAACACUUGUACUGGGCCUGGACUUGUAGAAGAUCCUGAUAAUUGUACACGAUACAGAGAAUGUGUUAAUGGUGAAUAUGUGUCAAGACCAUGUGCUCCUGGUACUGGUUUCAGUCAAUCUCUUGGGAUUUGCGACCAUCUCUUUAAUUUACCCGACUGUAAUCCAGACAGCAAUAACACUUGUACUGGGCCUGGACUUGUAGAAGAUCCUGAUAAUUGUACACGAUACAGAGAAUGUGUUAAUGGUGAAUAUGUGUCAAGACCAUGUGCUCCUGGUACUGGUUUCAGUCAAUCUCUUGGGAUUUGCGACCAUCUCUUUAAUUUACCCAACUGCAAUCCAGACAGCAAUAACACUUGUACUGGGCCUGGACUUGUAGAAGAUCCUGAUAAUUGUACACGAUACAGACAAUGUGUUAAUGGUGAAUAUGUGUCAAGACCAUGUGCUCCUGGUACUGGUUUCAGUCAGUCUCUUGGGAUUUGCGACCAUCUCUUUAAUUUACCCAACUGCAAUCCAGACAGCAAUAACACUUGUACUGGGCCUGGACUUGUAGAAGAUCCUGAUAAUUGUACACGAUACAGAGAAUGUGUUAAUGGUGAAUAUGUGUCAAGACCAUGUGCUCCUGGUACUGGUUUCAGUCAAUCUCUUGGGAUUUGCGACCAUCUCUUUAAUUUACCCAACUGCAAUCCAGACAGCAAUAACAAUCCUUAUAACUGUACACGAUACAGAGAAUGUGUUAAUGGUGAAUAUGUUUCAAGGCCAUGUGCUCCUGGUACUGGUUUCAGUCCAUCUCUUGGGAUUUGCGACCAUCUCUAUGAUUUACCUAGCUGUAAUCAAGACAGUAGUAACGCUUGUACUGAGACUGAACUUGUAGAAGAUCCUGAUAAUUGUACACGAUACAGACAAUGUGUUAAUGGUGAAUAUAUAUCAAGAGCGUGUGCUCUUGGUACUGGCUUCAAUCCAUCUAUUGGAGUUUGUGAUCAUCUCUCUAAUUUACCCAGCUGUAAGCCAGACAGCAGUAAUGAUCCUGAUAAUUGUACACGAUACAGACAAUGUGUUAAUGGUGAAUAUGUGUCAAGACCAUGUGCUCCUGGUACUGGUUUCAGUCAACCUGGUGAAUAUUGUGACCAUCUCUCUAAUUUACCCAACUGUAAUCCACACACUUGUACUGAGACUGAACUUGUAGAAGAUCCUGAUAAUUGUACACGAUACAGAAAAUGUGUUAAUGGUGAAUAUAUAUCAAGAUCCUGUUCUCCUGGUACUGGUUUCAAUCAAUCUGGUGGAUAUUGUGUUUAUCUGUCUAGUUUACCCAACUGUAAACCUUAA